CACACUUGUUUCCUGAUGAUGACAUUAGUAGCAAUGUCGAAAGCUCGAAAUCGAUAAUAAAUUAAUGAGAUUUUGUUAAAAUCUAUAAUGUAUUUCGUAGCAGUUCUAUACAAAAUAUUCUAUACAGUUUUCACUACUGCUCUUCCACCAACCUAUUUCAGUAAUAUUCUUACUAUGAUUUUACUGUUGCUGAGUUUUGUAUAAAGAUUAAUUCGUUGCGUCAUAAAUUGGGAACGCCACAAGAGAUAGUGCUUAUAUGUCUCAUUUCCUUUUCCAGAAAUACGCUUAGUUGAAGGAACAGCUUGACGUUAGUAUAAAUAAUAGUUCAGCUGCACUAUCCCGCUUGUGAGACGCACGAAUAUAACUUCCUUUACCUUAUCAAAUGUUUUCCGAAAAUCUGUUAGAACAGCUCUUACAUAAUUGUUUCGUCCCCAUUAAUUUUGUCAAUAACGUCUAACAGAAGAUUUGUUGUACUAUCUUUGGCUAGAAAAUCACACUGAAAAGCUGUUAAUAGUUUAUUUUUACCUAAAUAAUUAUAAAGUUCCCUGUGGGCAAUACUUUCAACACUUGCUAUAGCGGGCAAGAGAACGAUUGGUCUGUAGUCAUUGUGAUCUAGAGUAUCACUGCAUUUGAAGAGGGCACUAGCCAGCGGCGGCUACCUACCUACGCCGCUGUUAAACUUUCGUCAUUUAUACUGGAAGAAAAUGUGACUGUUUUUCAAAAUUCUAAAAAAUUUUCAGGGUGGGCUGAGCCCACUCGUGGUACCGCCACUAGCACUAGCACAAGCACAGUCUUGUUUUCAUGCAGAAUUAAAGGUUCGAGCACUCGAACACUUAUCAACGACUACUAGUAAUGCAAGAAUGGAAGUUAUGUAGUAAAUGAGAAAUGUCAUUUGGAAAAACAGAAAUAGAACUUAAUUCACAUUUAACUUCGGAGAGAUAAUCAGUAAAGUAAUUGAAAACAAGGCAAUAAUGUUAUAGUUUUAGAUUAGUUUCUUUUCUAUGCCUUACCAAUAAACUUCAAGCCUAAUAAAAAUGUUUAAAGCAAAGUUUAUAAUGCGUAUUAUUUGAAUGAUUUCUUAUGAUGAGCCGAUUCUCUUUUGUUUUAACAAAAACAAAAUGUAUUUUGUUAGUUAUUGUUUCAAGCUUAUGUCUUUUAUUAUUUUAUAAAGAAAUUUAUUAUUCUAAAUGGAAUAGUAUAUUAAUAUUUCCAACUAUUAAGAAAAAUAUUUCUAUUCCUGACUAUUAUACAACAAUUACAUCAGUAACCAGAAAACUAAAUAUUGGCAUCGUAAUUGUAUCCGAUGUAAAUGGGGAGCAAAAAUAUAAGCGGUACACUAAAAAUCUAGAAUGUUACGCAAAACGACAUGGAUAUACAUUUCUAAUAUUAGAUCCAAAAUAUUAUUUUAUUUGUUCUCAUUUGAAAAAUUUUUUUUUUCAAAAACAUUGUGCUAUUAUGAAUUAUUUAAUAUCAAUGUCAAAUCUUAAUUGGUUACUCGUAUUGGAUGGAGAUAUUUUUGUUGUUAAUGCUUCAAAAUUGAUUGAAGAGUUUAUUCCAAAUGAGGAAAAUAUUCAUGUAGUUCAUUAUGAAAGAUUUUAUACAGGUGAAAUAACAGCUGGUGCCUAUUUAAUUAAAAAUCAUGUAUGGUCACAUAAUUAUUUGUUAACAUGGACUAAUUUUUAUUCAAAAUUACCUAAAACAAACUAUCAUAAUCAUGAUAAUGGUGCGUUACACAUGAUAUUUUUACAAAUGAUCGAUAAAAAUAAUGAAACGCAAGCAAAAUGUUAUUCAAUAUAUUUACAAUCAACAGGCGAAAAGAAUUAUUAUAAAUAUCUUCGCUGUUUUAGAUGUUCAAUUGGUGGACAACGAAUAUUUAAACAUAUUCGAUUGCUUAGACGAGGUCAAGGAUUUUCAAGAGAUUUCUCAGUACCAUUUACAAGAGAUUUUCUCUUACAUGGAUACAAAGGAGAUUUAAGUAAAUACUUUUAUAAUACUACCGAAUGUGCAAAAGACUGGUUAUCGAACAUACGUCAGACGUUAUUUGUCUCAAACAUAACAACAGCAAAAAAUAUCAUAAGAAAAAAAGAUCAAUUUGCAAUAAAAAAUUAUUCAGAAUGUCUUGGAAUUACGGAUGUAACAGACUGCUGGCCAAAUUGUGAAGAGGAAAUAACUGGUGAAAAAUUAGUGAAAUAUUUGCGCGCAUUAUGCCAUGAAUAA